AUGCGAGUUAAAACUCACACUGUAAAUAUUUUUAUCACUGCAAUAUACUAUUAUAAACGACAUCAACAACACCGGACUCUACUCAGUCCAGAGUAAAAUGCUGCACUAUUUCGUGGGAGGGGGGAGGCAAGAUUUGAAAGUGUUUACUGUUUGUUGGUUGUUCCUUUUAUUAUUAUUAAGAAAUUGCAAUAUCUUCCAUUCGCCUCAUUGUCUUUUUACAGACUUUGUUUCCAAGUACGCAAUAAACAUGCCUAUCAACAUGAUUGAAGACGAUAUAGCAGCUGUUGUUAUUGACAACGGAUCUGGAAUGUGUAAAGCGGGCUUUGCUGGAGACGACGCCCCCAGGGCCGUGUUUCCCGCCAUAACAGGAAGGCCAAGAUAUGAUAAUGUAAUGGCGGGUAUGGGUUCCAAGGACUGCUAUAUUGGAGACGAGGCCCAGAACCACAGAGGCAUCUUGUCUCUGAAUUACCCACUGGAACACGGUAUUGUCACAAACUGGGACGACAUGGAGAAGAUCUGGCACCACACAUUCUACAACGAACUCAGAGUAGCUCCCGAGGAACACCCAGUAUUAACCACUGAGGCACCACUCAACCCCAAAGUCAAUAGAGAAAUGAUGACCCAGAUCAUGUUCGAGACCUUCAAUGUACCAGGAUUCUAUGUUAGUAUCCAAGCUGUGCUUUCUUUAUAUGGGGCUGGAAGAACGACAGGAAUCGUGUUUGAUUCAGGAGAUGGGGUUUCUCACAUCGUUCCUAUCUAUGAAGGUUAUGCCCUUCCACACGCCAUCAAACGGGUUGAUUUGGCAGGUAGAGAUCUGACUAAAUAUUUACAAAGAAUACUUCAUGAACGUGGAUAUAAUUUUGUGAACUCUGCUGAGAAAGAAAUCGUUCGUGACAUCAAAGAGAAUCUCUGUUACGUCGCUAUGGAUUUUGAACAAGAGCUUUGUGCCUCAGCACAGUCGUCUGCUUUGGAAAAGUCCUACGAACUUCCGGAUGGACAAGUAAUCACCAUCGGCAACGAACGCUUCCGUUGUCCGGAAGUCUUAUUUCAGCCAUCCUUUUCAGGUUUAGAGUCCAGUGGAAUACACGAGCAGAUCCAUAACUCCAUCAUGGGAUGUGAUAUCGAUAUCCGCAGAGAUAUGUACUCCAACAUUGUUCUGUCUGGAGGUUCCACUAUGUUUCCGGGCAUUAAAGACAGACUGGCCAAGGAGGUAACAGCCGUGUGCCCGAGCUCCAUGAAGGUGAAAAUCACCGCUGCGCCCGAGCGGAAGUACGCGGUGUGGAUAGGUGGAUCUAUACUGGGUUCUCUCUCCACUUUCCAGCAAAUGUGGAUCACAAAACAGGAAUACGACGAAUGCGGACCGGGAAUUGUACAUAGGAAGUGUUUUUAAUACAUCUUUUGAUUUGAAUUGAUCAGAAACCUUAAAAUAAUUACCAAGUCUUUCAGUGCAAUAUUCAUGUCCAUACUUUUCCGCUGAACAAAUGAACUUUUCCAUUAGUGACAAAAGAAUGAAUACUUUCCCCUCUGUAUGUUUGAAGGUUGUCUCUUUGAAUGUAUGACCGAAAGUUCAAGAAACGUCAUUGUUGAAUAAGAAUUCGUAUGCUUAAUAGCUAAGAAUUGUGUUUGCGCUAUUUUUUGUACAUACAUAUCAUAUCAUUCAAUGUAUUUUUAAGAUGAUAUUGUUUGUUUGAAAUAAAUUAUUAUGUCUGCAAA